UUGGCGGGAAAUUAACACGAAGGGGGUGGCAGCCCUUUGUUAUGACGAAGGAAAACAUUGUUGCCCAGCAACGUAACGCCAGGCCCCCCAGAAACGAAUCAUAAACGCAUCAACUUCAUAUAAUAAUAAGUGCGUAACCGGUUGAGAGCUUAUUCCCAUGUGUGAAAAUAAGAACAAAACAAUGCACUUUCUCCUCUCGCUCGAAUUUUACUAGAUCUACCUCCCUCGCGAAUGAGAGACCGAGAGCUUUCCGCGGUGUCAAGUUUAAAUGCUUAGCGCCACCCGGCAGUCAACCGUAAGUCCAUGGGCGCGUGGUGAUUUUUACAGUAAAACAACGUUCUCUCCCAAUUUACUGAAGUGCCAAAUCACCAUUUUUCUUGUGCAAAUUGGGAUACAUGAGGGAGGAUGACCACACAGCUCAGAACGGUGGGCUUCCUGGUAUCAGUUUCUGGACAGAUAAAAACUGGAGAUUUUCCUGGUUGCAGCAAAGUUUACUGUAAAUAUUCAUUCACACACGGAACCGAUUGGGAAAUGACCUCUGGUAUCGACGAAGGAAUCACGCAAACAUCCAAAAAAAGUCAAGAUGACCAACAGAUAUUCGUUUGGAACUUCCCGAUUGAAAUAACCUUUAGGAGCACAAACCCAUACGGAUGGCCUCAAUUAAUAUUAAGUGUGUUUGGUUUGGAUUCGUUUGGUAAUGAUACCAUCCAAGGUUACGGAGUUUGUCACAUUCCAAUCAGUACUGGCAAUCAUUCAAAGAGCGUUGCAAUGUAUGUUCCGGAAUCAAGUUCACUCCUACAGAAAUUGACGUCUUGGCUUACCGGACGAAGGCCAGAAUUUAUCGAUCCAAAAGUUAUAGGUCAAGGUGCCGGUAGAGAAGUUACCAGAGUCCGGAGUCAAGGGAGAGUCAUUUUAGAUUUAAACGUUUUAACAAAGGAUUUCGGACUGCAUGGAUACGACAACGUUCAAAGGUCUGCUAUAUCAGGGUCCGAGAGAGGUCAUUUUAGUCGUGUUUAAGCCAUCUUCGACUUGUGUAGAGGGUAUUGGCUUCCGGCAAAAACAUUGAAUACCUCUUGGAGACCGACUCCAUAAAUUCCUUCACUAGGUACCGCACUGACUCAACCGUUGCUUUCGCGGGUUUUUCUUCUAAGUGCCCACAAUUCAAAUUAUUCCUGGAAAGUUCCAAGUGCAUAAUGAAGAUAUUUUAGCAAAAAACAGCUCUUCAGUUUUGGGUCCUUUAUCAUUAACAGUUGGUUAAGUUUCAGUGAAAUAAAAAUGAACUUCUUCUUUUUUCAGUUUUUUUGAGUUGAUAAUAAUUUUAAAGAGUUGAUACAACCAUAAAAGUGUUGAAAGGACUCGUUUUAGGAUUAAGGUGACCCAGAGAUGAGUAACGCCACAAUCGUGGUUGCAUUAACUCCGAAAAGUAUUAUCAACUCAAAAAAACUGAAGACUGGAAAAAUGGACAUUAGCGGUUUUCGCACGUCCCGAUUCAAAUAUGCCAUUCACCGGUGGAGUUUUUUUUUUUGUCUCAUGGAGAUAAAAAAUCUAUUCGCAGAUACCAGACUUUAACCAGUUCACGCUGAUCUCAUGGAGGUUUCGUAUACCUCACAAGAGGCAGUUCGGCCUAUAAGCUGAUCCAGACACCUUGAAAGGGGGGGAGGGGGCUGUGUAAGGCAUAGAACUCUCCCACACAAGCUUUGGCUUUUGGGGGUUGAUUUACUUUAUGUGAAAACCAUAAAUAUAAAUUCUCGAAUGAAUGAAUAAAUAUGCAAAUAGAUAAUGGAGGUCCGGGAGCCUCAUUUCUGAAUUGAAGCAACUAAUAUGCAGCUUGAGUCAAUUUCGUCAUGAAUAAGUACCAAAUGUAAGCGUCUUUUCUCCGUUCCUUCCUUCUUUCUUUCUUCUCCUUUUCUUUCUCUUUUUUUUUCGGGUGGACGGGAGCCGCCCAUAUGUAAUGUGAGUUUGGCCAAAAAAAUAGAAAAUAUAUUAUAAGAUGGAUGAUACGAGGUAGUUAUUUCCCUAAGAAAACAAAUGAAAAAUUUAAAAAAAAAAAAAAAAAAAAAAAAAUUAUCAUAUUUGAGCACAGCUCAUCUAAGUUUACUGGGUUAACCUACUGGUUUACCUCCCUGAUGGGCUUGUCCUGACUAAAAAUUAACUCCACGACAUUACACCGCAGAAUCACUCGAGGGCAAUAACAUCGGCUGUGUGUCGAAUGAUAUGCCAUUCAAACCUAUGGGAAUAGAUCGAUUACCAGGGCGUCCACAACGAGUGCCAUAAUAAUCGAUUUUUGACCAUAGUUUCAAACGGGAUACCAUCAUUAGCACGCCUCGCCUCUAGACACUGGUGAAGCUGUGACCUAAAAGUUAAUACGCCCAUUUAUUCUGUGAUUCAAGUAUUACAUAGUAUAUAACCAAAAAAUUGAAUGUAAAUUAUUUUUCUCGCAGUA